CUUGGGACUCGCAAUUUGUACCAGGUCUGUGUUCUGGAUGGAUGGAUCAUUCAAUGGACCUCGCUCGUUCGAUUGCCGUGACAAACCUUGCACAUUCUAGCUUGGCUCUGGCAUUCCAUUCCGCCAUGACAUGACGGCACGACAGCCGGCCGCCCCCUCCACGCACAAACGCAGCUUCUCCCUUGCAGACAGCUAAUCCAAUAGUGGCAUCUUAGAUGCAUCUUUGUCAGUCUCGUGCAUACAACGUACAGCUCUGCGAUCCAGUCCCUUGGCAAUGGGAACCGCAUCCAAGUACAUCCCAGGGAACCACGUGUGCAAUUCCUACCAACGCCCUGUUGUUGUUGCUGCGAUUGUUGUCUCGUGGCAUUCCUCCCAACCGUCGACCGAUAUUCGUCGACAGACAAUAUGAUACGUUGCAACAGCCGCCCAUGUCAAACACACAAAGAUACUUUGUACAAGGGGAGAGAAAAGGAGAGCUUGUCCAGAGUAUCGUGAGAGACAAUCCGAACCCCGAAUGCGCCAGAAGCGGCCCCCCUCCCUUCUUCCCGCAACCCAUUCAACCCGGAGGUUCAGAUCCGCAAGAAAAAAUCAAACAGUGAAAAAAGAAUUGUGCGUACGGCAACGGAGCUCAGCCGACAU